UUGAUAUUUACAGGUCAUGACAAUGUGAUCAGUGGCAUGCCAUCUAACAAUGCUGGAUACGGUUCACGAUUUCAAGUUAAUUUUCAUCUUCGUACAAGCACAGAGUGGUCGAUGGGACACAAAUGUUGGAAGGAUUCUCGGAAACAAGUAUUUGCAUUGUGGAAGUACAAGUGAGGAGCCAGCAAUGGAGAAUGAGCAUAUGGGAGGCUUCGGUGGAAUUGGGAAUAAAAUUGACCUAACUGGUUACAUCAAAUGGUGGAGACCCAAUAGAUUACAUGCAGGAGAUUCCAUCAUUAGAACCUAUGAAGAUUCGCGUUUUCCCUCAAAAGACAGCAUUGCUCAUAGUGAAUCCAAAGCCUUUGAAUGGCCAUGCCAACCUACCGCACCAUACCAACUUCCCUCGCUAGGAAUUUCACGUAAAAACAUGCAACGUUCUCCUUUGCUGACAGCUUGUGGUAUCUUGUCUGAGUCUGCCGCCUUUAAGAAUAUGCAAGAGAGGGCUGCAUCGCUAACAUAUAAUGACAGGUGUAGCAAUGAGAUUGGACAUGAAAAUGUAUCUCAAAAAGUGAAUAAUGUUGGUGAGGGGGAUGUGUUGGGAUUGCCUCUUCACAGGACUCCGUAUCCAUUUGCAUCUCUCCGUGCUGUCCCACUGCUGACCAAUUGUAGCACAGCAGAUCCUUUAUCGGACUCGAUUUUCUGGCCGAAUGUGGUUCCUAGUCCAGGGCUUUCUCUAACAGCCACG